ACAAGUAGUGUUGGAAGUCCCAAAUAAGACAAAAAGAGGGCGUGAUCUUGCUCAGAUCCGGACCGUCCGUUCGCUGCAACCGAUCGGAGGGUGAUCCGGUGGUCAUCAUCUCUGUAUCCUGGAGGAGAACAAGAGAUGGAUGGAACGAUAACAAUCAAACAGAUUGAUGGCAGCCGCAUUUGCUCUCGCACGGAGAUUUGACAAGUAGAGGGACAAGAGGCAGCGGCGCCCGAGGCGAUGCACCGGCAACCCACCACUAUCGACGCCUAGCCGGAACCCUAGAUGCACCACCACCGCCUGAGGAGCUGGCCCGACCUCUGGUUCGCUGCCGAUAACCGCCUCAAGCAUGUGCUCCUCAAGAUGGGUCUGGGUGACCAGACCCUAACCCUGAAGGAUCUCCCGCCGCGGCCUGUCGGAGGAGGCGUCGCGGAUCCCACCGCGACGCUGUCCGACGAGAUCCUCCUCCGCAUCCUCGCCGCCGUUCCCGAGUCCCUCCGCCUCCCUGCCUCCCUCGUCUGCAAGCGAUGGCUCCGCGUCGUAGGCCGCCUCCGGCGCUCCCUCACACUCCUCGACUGGUCCAUCAUCGGCCGCCGUCGCCUCCCCCUCCGCUUCCCCGACCUCACUGAUUUGGACCUCGUCCCUGCCUCCUUCGCGUCCCCUUCCGCCGCCGCCGCCGCCGCCGCCCUCUGCAAGGGCUGCGUGCUUCUCACUGUGGGCCCAGUCUCCGUCGCCGUCGACAUCGGCGUCGACCUUCCCGUCGGUGAGUGCCGCUUCCUCGAGCCGGCUGCAAUCGAUCGCGGCCUCAUGACCGUCGCCCGUGACUGCCCUGGCCUUCGGAAGCUUUCCCUCGUCGCCGUAGCCUCGGAGGCUGGCCUCAUGUCCGUCGCUGGAGGAUGUAACACUCUGCAGGAGCUGGAGCUCCACCGCUGCUCUGAUCUCUCCCUCCGCCCCAUAUCGGCCUUCAACAACCUCCAGAUCCUGCGGCUGGUGGGUUCAGUCGAGGGGCUCUACCGUGGGCCUGGCGUCACCGACAUCGGACUCACGAUACUGGCCCAUGGGUGCAAGCGGCUGGUGAAGCUGGAGCUAGGCGGAUGUGAAGGCAGCUACGAUGGCAUCUCCGCCAUAGGGCGUUGUUGCAUGAUGCUUGAGGAAUUGACGAUCUCCGACCAUCGGAUGGAUGCUGGGUGGAUGGCGGCGUUGUCCUUCUGUGUAAACCUGAAGAAGCUGAGGCUGCAAAGUUGCAGAAGGAUAGACAUUGAUCCAGGGCCAUUGGAGCACCUCGGAACGUGCCCAACCAUUGAAACUCUACAGAUGCAGCGGUGCCAGCUGCGGGAUAAAAGAAGCUUGCAGGCACUGUUUAUGGUGUGCGAAGCUGUUAGGAAUCUUAGGUUCGAAAAUUGCUGGGGCCUCGACAAUGACAUGUUUGGACUUGCGAGCAUUUGCAGAAGGGUGAAGUUUCUCUCAUUAGAAGGAUGCUCUCUUUUAACAACAGAAGGUUUUGAAUCAGUGGCUCUAUCCUGGGUGGAUUUGCAGCGUCUUGCAGUUGUCUCAUGCAAUAAUAUAAAGGAUGAUGAAGUUUCUCCUUCUCUAUCAAGCCUUUUCUCAGUUCUCAAGGAGUUCAAGUGGAGACCAGACACCAAAUCUGUUCUUGCUAUGAGCUUGGUAGGGACAGGCAUGGGGAGGGGUGGGAGAUUUUUUAAGAGGAUCUGAAGCUUGGUUUCUACAGGAUUAACAGCAGCCAAAAGAAAUCAAAGAAGAGUUGUGAAUAGAGAUGAGCAUUGCUCAUUGUGUGGAUACAAAAUCACACUGAUGUGCUGCCAUUUUUGUGCUUUCAAGUUCAUGUCUGCUGGUUUAACAUAUUCUUUUACAAGUGGCUGUUUGCCUCUGUGGAUUACGGUAUAGACGGCUCGAUACAUCGACCAUUUUAAUAAUCUUAGUCGUUCUUCCA